CAGCGCAUACCUCGUUCUGUUAAAACAGGGCAUACAACAACAGCGGGCAACUUUCAAAAUCAAGUGUCAAGGUCAUUUUGCAGGGCUCUGGCAGUGCACCUCCUUGCACAAAGGCGGAGGUAGCGGUCCUGCUGCUGGGUUGUUGCCCUCCUACGGCCUCCUCCACGUCUCCUGAUGUACUGGCCUGUCUCCUGGUAGCGCCUCCAUGCUCUGGACCCUACGCUGACAGACACAGCAAACCUUUUUGCCACAGCUCGCAUUGAUGUGCCAUCCUGGAUGAACUGCACUACCUGAGCAACUUGUGUGUGUUGUAGACUCCGUCUCAUGAUACCACUAGAGUGAAAGCACCGCCAGCAUUCAAAAGUGACCAAAACAUCAGCCAGGAAGCAUAGGAACUGAGAAGUGACUUCCAUGUCUGAACUCAAGUCCACUGAGUCCCCGGGUUCUUACUGUGGUGUUCCAGCCCAGAAAAGCUCACAGUGGGGUCCAGAGAUGGUCUCAGUGAAGCUGGAGGACUGCAGUCAAACACUGGAACUUAAUGUGAUUGUCAAAGAGGAGGUGGAGGAGAGAGGAGUCAAAGAAGAAGAGGAGAACAGGGACGUGUCUGCUCCAGAUCUAGAGGAAGAGGAGGCAGCAGUAGAUAGUAUCACUGACCCAGGAGAGAUCUCCAACCCAGGUUCAGACAGUGAGCCCAGUUCCACAGCAUCAGGAAACCAUAAACAACACAGACGGAGGAACUCAAGACAGAAACAUCACCACUGCAUGGACUGCUUCACUAGUUUCUAUGAGCCAGAGGAGUUGAGAAGACACACUUGUAGGCCCCACUCCUGUUCUGAUUGCAGAGACAGUUUUAUUUGUCCGAUUCACCUCAAAUCACACCAACAAAGUCUAAAAAUAAAGAAGACAUACCCGUGUGGUCAAUGUGAGAAGAGAUUUCAGACGCCAAGCAGCUUGAAGUUGCACCAGCUUACUCACACAGGAAAGAAGUCGUACCACUGCUUUCAGUGUAGGAAGACUUUCGGUUGGUCAUUCAAUUUGAAGAGACACCAGAAAAUACACACAGGGGAGAAACCUUUCCACUGCUCCCAGUGUGGAAAGAGCUUCAGUCAGACAGGAGACCUAAAGAAACACCAUAGAAUACACACAGGAGAGAAGCCUUACCACUGCUCUGAGUGUGGGAAGAGCUUCAGUAUAGAAGCAAAUCUAAAGGAGCACCAGAAAAUACAUACAGGAGAGAAGCCUUUCCACUGCUCCCAAUGUGGUAAAAGCUUCAGUCGGUUAAGAGAACUAAAGAAACAUCAGAGAAUACACACUGGGGAAAAGCCAUACAUCUGUGAUCAGUGUGGGAAGAGUUUCAGUCAAACAGGAGUCCUAAAGAGACACCAGCUAACUCACACAGGAGAAAAGCCUUUCAACUGCUCCCAGUGUGGGAAGGAUUUCAGUCAGUCAUCACUUUUGAAGAGACACCAGCUAACUCACACAGGAAAGAAGCCUCACCACUGCUCUCAUUGUGGAAAAAGUUUUAAAUUGGAAGGAAGUCUUCAGAGUCACCUGAGAAUACACAAUGGAGAGAAGCCCCACCACUGCUCCCAAUGUGGGAAGGCUUUCAGUCAGGCAGUAGACCUAAAGAAACAUCAGAGAAUACACACAGGGGAGAAGUCUUUCCACUGUUCUCAGUGUGGGAAGACUUUCGGUCGGUCAUUAUUUUUGAAGCGACACCAGAGAAGACACACAGGGGAGAAGCCUUUCCACUGCUCACAAUGUGGGAAGACCUUCAGUGAAAAAGGAAAUCUAAAGCAACACCAGAGAAGACACUCAGGAGAGAAACCGUACAGCUGUGAUCAGUGUGGGAUUUGUUUUAAAUGGAAACAAAGCCUGAAGGAACAUCAGGAGGCAAAGCACAGUGCUGUGCCCAACUCUAACCUUAUAAUGGAGUUGCCAAGCUGGGCAUCUACGUAUCUAACUAAUAUUGACUGACUGACAAAAAACAUUCUGUUAAUUUCUCUGGGAUAUGUGGGAUGGUAGCGUCCCACCUAACCAACAGCCAGUGAAAUUGCAGGGCGCCAAAUUCAAAACAACAAAUCUCAAUUAAAAUUCCUCAAACAUACAAGUAUUAUACAUCAUUUUAAAGAUAAACUUCUCGUUAAUCCAGCCACAGUGUCUGAUUUCAAAAAGGAUUUACGGCGAAAGCACACCUUGCGAUUAUGUUAGGUCAGUACAUAGCCACAGAAAAACACAGCCAUUUUCCCAGCAAAAGAGAGGAGUAACAAAAAGCAGAAAUAGAGUUAAAAUUAAUCACUAACCUUUGAUGAUCUUCAUCAGAUGACACUCAUAGGACUUCAUGUUACACAAUACAUGUAUGUUUUGUUCGGUAAAGUUCAUAUUUAUAUCCAAAAAUCUGAGUUUAGGCGGGACGCUACUGUCUCACUUGGCCAAAAGCCAGAGAAAAUGCAGCGUGCCAAAUUCAAAUAAAUUACUAUAAAAAUCAAACUUUCAUUAAAUCACACAUGAAAGGUACCAAAUUAAAGCUACACUGGUUGUAAAUCCAGCCAACAUGUCAGAAUUCAAAUAGGCUUUUCGGCGAAAGCAAACAAUGCUAUUAUCUGAGGAUAGCACCAUUGUAAACAAAGAGAGAGAAGCAUAUUUCAACCCUGCAGGCGCGACACAAAAAGCAGAAAUAAAAAUAUAGUUCACUUACCUUUGACGAGCUUCUGUUUUUGGCACUCCAAUAUGUCCUAUAAACAUCAUUAUUCGAUUAAUUCCGUCGAUAUAUAUCCAAAAUGUCCAUUUAUUUGGCGCGUUUGAUCCAGAGAAACACCGGUUCCAACCUGUGAAAAGUGACUACAAAAUAUCUCAAAAGUUACCUGUAAACUUUGCCAAAACAUUUCGAACUACUUAUGUAAUACAACUUUAGGUAUUUUUUAAAGUAAAUAAUCAAUAAAAUUGACGAUGGGAUCAAAUCAAAUUUAUUUAUAUAGCCCUUUGUACAUCAGCUCCGUACAAGUGCUGUACAGAAACCCAGCCUAAAACCCCAAACAGCAAGCAAUGCAGGUGUAGAAGCACAGUGGUUAGGAAAAACUCCCUAGAAAGGCCAAAACCUAGGAAGAAACCUAGAGAGGAACCAGGCUAUGAGGGGUGGCCAGUCCUCUUCUGGCUGUGCUGGGUGGAGAUUAUAACAGAACAUGGCCAAGAUGUUCAAAUGUUCAUAAAUGACCAGCAUGGUCAAAUAAUAAUAAUCAUAGUAGUUGUCGAGGGUGCAGCGAGUCAGCACCUCAGGAGUAAAUGUCAAUUGGCUUUCCAUAGCCGAUCAUUAAGAGCAUCUCUACCGCUCCUGCGGUCUCUAAAAUGUUGAAAACAGCAGGUCUGGGACAGGUAGCAUGUCCGGUGAACAGGUCAGGGUUCCAUAGCAGCAGGCAGAACAGUUGAAACUGGAGCAGCAGCACGGCCAGGUGGACUGGGGACAGCAAGGAGUCAUCAUGCCAGGUAGUCCUGAGGCAUUGUCCUAGGGCUUAGGUCCUCCGAGAGAGAGAGAGAGAGAGAAAGAAAGAAAGAGAGAAUUAGAGAGAGCAUACUUAAAUUCACACAGGACACCGGAUAAGACAGGAGAAGUACUCCAGAUAUAACAAACUGACCCUAGCCCCCCGACACAUAAACUACUGCAGCAUAAAUACUGGAGGCUGAGACAGGAGGGGUCAGGAGACACUGUGGCCCCAUCCGAUGAUACCUCGGACAGGGCCAAACAGGAAGGAUAUAACCCCACCCACUUUGCCAAAGCACAGCCCCCACACCACUAGAGGGAUAUCUUCAACCACCAACUUACCAUCCUGAGACAAGGCCGAGUAUAGCCCACAAAGAUCUCCGCCACGGCACAACCCAAGGGGGGGGUGCCAACCCAGACAGGAAGAUCACGUCAGUGACUCAACCCACUCAAGUGACGCACCCCUCCUAGGGACGGCAUGAAAGAGCACCAGUAAGCCAGUGACUCAGCCCCUGUAAUAGGAUUAGAGGCAGAGAAUCCCAAUGGAGAGAGAGGAACCGGCCAGGCAGAGACAGCAAGGGCGGUUCGUUGCUCCAGAGCCUUUCCGUUCACUUUCACACUCCUGGGCCAGACUACACUCAAUCAUAUGACCCACUGAAGAGAUGAGUCUUCAGUAAAGACUUAAAAGUUGAGACCGAGUCUGCGUCUCUCACAUGGGUAGGCAGACCAUUCCAUAAAAAUUGAGCUCUAUAGGACCUGCCUCCAGCUGUUUGCUUAGAAAUUCUAGGGACAAUUAGGAGGCCUGCGUCUUGUGACCGUAGCGUACAUGUAGGUAUGUACGGCAGGACCAAAUCGGAAAAAUGGGUAGAAGCAAGCCCAUGUAAUGCUUUGUAGGUUAGCAGUAAAACCUUGGUAUCAGCCCUUGCCUUAACAGGAAGCCAGUGUAGGGAGGCUAGCACUGGAGUAAUAUGAUCAAAUUUUUUGGUUCUAGUCAGUGCUAAAUACUGCUGCUACAAUCCUAACUAAAGUUUAUUUAGUGCUUUAUCCGGGUAGCCGGAAAGUAGAGCAUUGCAGUAGUCUAACCUAGAAGUAACAAAAGCAUGGAUAAUUUUUUCUGCAUCAUUUUUGGACAGAAAGUUUUUGAUUUUUGCAAUGUUACGUAGAUGGAAAAAAGCUGUCCUUGAAACAGUCUUGAUAUGUUCGUCAAAAGAGAGAUCAGGGUCCAGAGUAACGCCGAGGUCCUUCACAGUUUUAUUUGAGACGACUUUACAACCAUCAAGAUUAAUUGUCAGAUUCAACAGAAGAUCUCUUUGUUUCUUGAGACCUAGAACAAGCAUCUCUAUUUUUUGUCCGAGUUUAAAAGUAGAACGUUUUCAGCCAUCCACUUCCUUAUGUCUGAAACACAGGCUUCUAGCGAGGGCAAUUUUGGGGCUCCACUAUGUUUCAUUGAAAUGUACACCUGUGUGUCAUCCGUAUAGCAGUGAGUUAACAUUAUGUUUUUGAAUGAUAUCCCCAAGAGGUAAAAUAUAUAGUGAAAACAAUAGUGGUCCUAAAACGGAACCUUGAGGAACACCGAAAUUUACAGUUGAUGUGUCAGAGGACAAACCAUUCAGAGACAAACUGAUAUCUUUCCAACAGAUAAGAUCUAAACCAGGCCAGAACUUGUCCGUGUAGACCAAUUUGGGUUUCCAAUCUCUCCAAAAGAAUGUGGUGAUCGAUGGUAUCAAAGGCAGCACUAAGGUCUAGGAGCACGACGGCAGAUGCAGAGCCUCGGUCUGACGCCAUUAAAAGGUCAUUUACCACCUUCACAAGUGCAGUCUCAGUGAAAUGAUGGGGUCUAAAACCAGACUGAAGCAUUUUGUAUACAUUGUUUGUCUUCAGGAAGACAGCUUAUUCAAAAAAGAUUGAGAGGAAUGGAAGAUUCAAUAUAGGCCGAUAGUUUUUUAUAUUUUCUGGGUCAAGGUUUGGCUUUUUCAAGAGAGGCUUUAUUACUGCCACUUUUAGUGAGUUUGGUACACAUCCGGUGGAUAGAGAGCCGUUUAUUAUGUUCAACAUAGGAGGGCCAAGCACAGGAAGCAGCUCUUUCAGUAGUUUAGUUGGAAUAGGGUCCAGUAUGCAGCUUGAAGGUUUAGAGGCCAUGAUUAUUUUCCUCAUUGUGUCAAGAGAUUUAGUACUAAAACACUUGAGUGUCUCUCUUGAUCCCAGGUCCUGGCAGAGUUGUACAGACUCAGGACAGCUGAGCUUUGGAGUAAAACGCAGAUUUAAAGAGGAGUCCGUAAUUUGCUUUCUAAUGAUCAUGAUCUUUUCCUCAAAGAAGUUCAUGAAUUUUGUACUGCUGAAGUGAAAGCCAUCCUCACUUCGGGAAUGCUGCUUUUUAGUUAGCUUUGCGACAGUAUCAAAUUUCGGAUUGUUCUUAUUUUCCUCAAUUAAGUUGGAAAAAUAGGAUGAUCGAGCAGCAGUGAUGAUCUGUGUUCAAUACAGGAUUAAAACAAACUGUAGCUAGUUUUCUGGUCAUGCGCCUCUAACAAACAGUACACUUCAAGUGACUCACGGUCAAAAUGGCCGUACUUCUUCAUUACACAAAGGAAAAACCCUCAACCAAUUUCUAAAGACUGUUGACAUCCAGUGGAAGCGUUAGGAACUGCAAGAAGGUCCCUUAGAAUUCUGGAUUCCCAAUGAAAACUCGUUGAAAGAGUGACCUCAAAAAAAUCUUAAUGGUUUGUCCUCUGGGUUUCGCCUGCUAAAUAAGUUCUGUUAUACUCACAGACAUGAUUCAAACAGUUUUAGAAACUUCAGAGUGUUUUCUAUCCAAAUCUACUAAUAAUAUGCAUAUCUUAUCUUCUGGGGAUGAGUAGCUGGCAGUUGAAUUUGGGUAUGCUUUUCAUCCAAAUGUGAAAAUGCUGCCCCCUAUCCUAGAGAGGUUAAACCUCUUUUAAAUAUAUAUUUGACCUUCUAACACUUUAUUUAGACAGCCAAAAACACAGGGGACGACAGGAAAUGGUUAGGGUGGACACAGGAAUUGAAAACCGGUCUCCAGGGGGGAGUAGAGUACAUGCAACUGGCUGCGAGUGUUAACGCUAUACAACAGGUUAUUAUUCUGUGACACUUGAAAUUAAUUUUUAAUAUUCUCAUAUGGAAAAUGUACUAAAGAGUUAUGGCAUGUGGAUCAUAUCCUCCUGAAAUCCAUUCAGUUUCAAUCUGCAUAAGUCAAUACUUUCUAAACUAAACUUCCAUUAUCUCAAUUCCACCAAGACACACACCUCUCGGGAACAUUUGAUGUGCAUAUUGAUGUCAUUUCACCAGACUGCACAUGUAUCUGCUUAAUGUUUUUCUGCUUAACAGUUUCUCUGGGUGAUGUUUGACUUGUGCUUCCCGUGACUGUGUUUUUAUAUGUGUAUAUUUAUAUUGUAUUAUUCAGGGCACAUUUGAAGAAGAGACCUAGGUCUCUAUGUCUUCCCAGGUCAAAUAAAGGUCAAUACAUCACUAAUAAUAAUGACCUGAUUUAGAAAGUAGAGGCCAGUAGAGGCCAGACAUAAGGGAAGGCUGUUGUCUGUAUUAACCAGUGAUCUACUAUAAUGCAGGGUAAAAAAAUAAAAUAAGGACAAGAUGA